AUGUCGAUGACCAGUCUGAGCACGAAAUCACGACGUUCGGAAGACAUCGUUAUUGAGGGUUGGCUGCAUAAGAAAGGCGAACAUAUAAGAAAUUGGCGACCAAGAUACUUCAUAUUGUUUCAUGAUGGAGCCUUAUUGGGUUUUAAAACAAAACCAAAAAUGGAUCGGCCGUUUCCGGAACCUUUGAACGAUUUCAUGAUCAAAGACGCACAGGUUUGUCACAAAUGCUUAUGUGCUUUCUGUUAA